AUGGAAGUUCGACAAGAAGCCCAGAAAGAUUAUGAAAGUGAAAUGUUUGAUUACCAGAAGGCUGCUAAUAGAGAUAAUAUUAAUAUAUCGAAUGUUAACAAAAGUGAAGAAAAGGAUGUGAUAGUUAGUAUAGCGAAAAAUGAUGAAAUGUAUAAAAUGAAUGAAGGAGAACCUGAAUACUCAUCUGAUCUGAAUGAUGAAAUAGCCCAAAAGAGUGAAGUUGCUGGUGAACUUGACAAUGAAGUCAGUGAAGAUGAAAUGAUAGUAUUGAUGAAGGCUCCAUUAGAUGUGAUCACAAAAUUGGAUAUAUUGAUGGAAGGUUUGGUAGAAACAUUGAAAAAAUGA